AUCACAUACUGGAAGCAAUAACCAACAACAAUGAAGCCCUUCUUCCUUGUCCUCUUCCCAGCUGUCCUAGCGGUAGCAACAGCUGAUCAGGUUUGUGGGGUAAAUGAAGAAUACACGGAUUGCGGAUUCUGUGAACCUACUUGUGAAAAUCCUCAUCCUGAAGUUUGUGCCCAAAGUUGCACUCCUGGAUGUUACUGCAAAAGCGGUUAUUUGAGAAAUUCUAAUCGCAUAUGUGUCAGCCCAGAAGAAUGCAACGCAGGUAACUGUGGCCCAGACCAGGUAUAUGUGAGUCAAAUACCCUGCAAAAAUACAUGCAGAGAGUACCUUUAUGUUGAUGCUUGCGGAUCACGGGGACCAGGAUGCACCUGCACACAGCCCGGCUAUUAUAUUCUCGAACAAAAUGGACUUUGUGUUUCGGCAUUCACAUGCGAAGUCUUUUAUGGUGGGAAUGCUGGUCCUGCACAAACUGAUGACGUACAAAUGGAUGAUGGUUCAGUAGCCCAACCACCAUCCUAUAAUUGUGAUAGUAACAAGGGCCAGACCUAUUCCACUUGCGUCAGGUGCUACAAAACGUGUGACGCUCACUUUUACGGGGGCAUUGCCUGCGCACAAAGUUGCAUUCCAGGGUGUGACUGUAUCCAGAAUGACCAAUACAUGCGAUCUGAUGGUACGUGUGUUCCAGAACAGUAUUGUUAUACCACAAACUGCCAGUGUAGCUCCAACGAUUAUUCUUAUGAUUAGCGCUAUUCUGGUUCAAGCUCUUCUUCUUCUUCUGCUUCUGCUGCAAGCAGCUCUGACAAAUAAAAAACCUUAUAAGUAUGUAUACUAGAAACAGUAUUGUAAUGAAUCCUUAUGAUUAAAA